AUGUCGACAACAACGUCAACUAAUCAAAAUAAUACUACUACGUCUUCUUCGGAUGCAAACGAAUUAACAGUUGAAAUACCCGUUUGGGUACACGGCAAACGUAAAUGGGUAACUGGCAUAACAAAAAAGACGACAUUCGACGAUCUUAUUUAUGCCUUAUUAGCUCAAGCUGAUUUAAUUAAAACGUCUGGAAUAGCAAAUUCAUCAGCAAACAAUAUAACAGGCUAUGCUAUAGCUGAAUGUACUCAAUUGACAGUAUCAUCCCCAUCUAAUACCAAUGAAUGUGAACCACCAUCACUGAUUACUCAACGUAUUAUGAAAGGUCGUGCUAAAGUGAUAAAAGCGAAUAAAAAUUGGCAAUUUGACAAAUUACCACUCACCAUUCUACAUCUUAUAUCAACAUCAUCAAUAGUCGAUAAUAAUUCUUCCACAUCAAAAUUUCGUUCAAAAAUUUUUCGCCGCUUUCUAUCAGCUAAAUCUCAACCGAUAUCAUCGCCUGUACCACCAUUACUUUCAACUUCUCAAUCGGAAUCCUCAAUAAUAUCUAUUGGAAAUAGUCAAGGACAAUCUCAAUUGUCCUAUCAACAACGGUCUCUAACUGAUAUUCAUGAAAAUCUAAAUGUUAUCGAACGACAAAAACGUCUACUCGAUUAUCUUGAUGAGAAAAUUCAUCAAACGGAAAAUUCCUUAUCACCAAAUCUAAAUAAUACAUUAACAAAAUCUCUAUCGAGAAAUUCCUUUAAUCAAGAUUCAUCAUCAAUUAUAUCUAACAAUGAAAUAACAAUGGAGGAUGUAACACGUCUAUUUUCUCAUCAAAUUGAUCAACAAGAUCAACUCAUAUUUGCUGCGCAGUUAUGUAAUUCAAUAUUAAAUAUGCAAGAACGUAUCGAUGAAAAGACAAACAUAUUGUAUGCUGUCGAACAAGCGAUAUCCAAUGAAUUAAAUUUUGUUUUACAUCAACAACAUUACGACCCAUUACCUUGUACAUUAUCAUCGAAUAUUAAUGAGUCUAAUCCUUCAAUAUCAAAUAAUGAUUUAAUAACAUUGAAAAAUUCCAUUUAUCGUAGUCGAGAAUUAUCGCGAAUACAAUCGAAAGAAAUGCAUGAUUUUGAUUUAUCAUUACGUGAAGUCGAUGUAUUACUCGCAUCGAAAUAUGAUGAACUGAAAUAUCUUGAAUAUGAGACAUCAUCGAAUUUAAUGACCAUACAACGAUCUCUAACACCAAAUUAUACAGUGCAACAAAAUUUUCGAACGAACAAUAUUGAUGAACAGACAACCUAUGAAACAAUCGACAUUACACCACCUGGAACCAAUGUUGUGUUUACUUCCAUAAAAGAAGCAGAUGAAGAUUCAGGAAUAAAUUCUUUAACAAGUGACGAUAAUAAUCAGACCACGUCUCUUAUUCAUCAAAAACUUCAUACACAAAAUAGUCAACUUGAAACACUUGUCUAA